AUGUUUGACGCGGAAUCGAGAGGUACACAGCGAAGGGUGGGCGUAAGGCAACUUACGCAAUUCAGACUCAAAUUGAUUGAGGACGAUGAUGAAGACGAGGAGGAAGAAGAGGAAGAAGAAGAGGAGGAAGAGGAGGAACAAGAUGGUGAUGCUGAAGACGCGCCAUCACCGGGAUCGAGGUCCAGCCAGGCUCGCAGCCCCACGUUCUCUGUCAAGAAGGGAGUCAGCACCCGCAGCAGCCGAGCUAUUUCGAAAAAGGCAUACACAGAUGGCUCUGCGGCCUCCAUUGCGGGACGUUCGAUACCUAGGCGCGAACCAAAAGGGCAACGCAAGAAGCUCACGAUCGAACAGAAGCGAAGCAAUCACAUCCGACAUGAAAAGAAACGGCGGGGACUUAUACGUGAUGGAUUCAAUGACCUCACGGAGCUCGUUCCCGAGCUCCGGGGAGGGACCUGGUCAAGAUCUAGAGUUUUAUUUACAGCAGUUGAGUUUUUAAAGACUCUGCUGGAGAGGAAUGACGCCUUGCAAGAAGAGUUGAACGCUCUGAAGUCAGACAAGACGGAGAACUGA